AUGAUGAGCAAGCCCAAGGUCAGGGAGAUCAUGGCAGACAGAACUGUGGCCGACAUCAUGGACCGGAUGGACUUGAGCCGGACUGGACGAGUAACGUUCUGGGAUUUCAAGCGUGCUCUGGAGAUGAUGGACAUCGCCCGGAGCCGGGCUGCAUCCUCUGGGGCUCGUACGCCGCUGUAUGCCGAGGGGGACAAGGUCCAGUACUUCUCCGCCACGUACGCCCAGUGGAUGGACACGAUGAUCACGGCGGUGGAUCCGGGAAGUGGUGCCCUGCAGCUUCAGUGCAAACCUGGCUACUGGCUGCCGCAAUCCGAGCUGCAGAAGGUCAGAAAACUGCCUAAUUAG